AAUUGCCUAAAGCAAGCAGGGUUGACAACUAGUAAAUGGCGUUAAUGCUCAUUCAGAAUGAAGAGGGUCUUAUUUUUCGCUCUAUGCCUUAUUUCAGUACCAGGAAGAAUUGCAAAAAGUGAAAGAAAACUGAAAGCUUUUCUAAAUGGUGGAGUACUAAUUUUCUGCAAAUUUGGAGACAAAUUUAGAGAAAAACAGAAGUACUUUUGCAAAGGCAACAUUUCAACCUGUCCUAACAAUCGACUAGCUAACAACAGCAGAGUCUUCCAGUAUGAGAACACUCACAGGGACUAUUUAACUAUUCUCAUAACAAACAUCACCUCAAAUGAUACUGGAACUUAUCACUGUGGAGUUGAAGAUGGAAGCUCAGAUGAUCCAAUGUCUUUAAAUGUAAAACCAGGUGACUGCUGUGACACACCUAUUUCAAUUCAUGGACAAGAGGGAGGAACAGUCAGCAUUCGGUGCAAGUACCCAGCAGAAUCCAGAGAAAAUACCAAACACUUCUGUAAACAGCAUGAGAAGUUCAUUGAGUCUGAUCUAAUUGAGUCAAAACCAUCAGAUAUAAAUGCAAAGUAUUUAAUGUCUCAAAAUGAAAAUAGAAACAUCUUUACUGUGACAAUACAUGAGCUGGAGAUGAAGGACGCUGGGAUCUACUGGUGCGGAGUUAGAACUGAUGGAUACAGCGUGGCUUUGACCAACAAAGUGAAUCUACAGAUCACAGGAAGUGAAAGGCAAGUAAUUCAAGUGAAAGGAUAUCCAAGGGGAGGCAUCGUAAUCCUUUGCAAAUUUGGUGACCAGCGUCAACACAACCAGAAAUACUUCUGCAAGGGAAAUGCUACAACCUGCUCUUACAAUCGCCUCACACGUGACUCUGACAGCAGAUUCUUCCAGCAUGGUCAGGUUCUCUGGGACUUCCUAACAGUCGGUUUUACAAACCUCACCUCAGGCGAUGCCGGUACUUACCACUGCGCAGAAAAUGAAGAAUUACACACUGAAGUCCGUUUGAGCAUAGAAAAUGAUGACUACUGUGACCUACCCGUAGAAGAAACUCGAGAGAAAGGAGGAAAUGUGUCUAUUGCAUGCCACUACCCUGAGGAAUAUAGAGACCACACCAAGCAUCUCUGUGAAGCACGGGCGGAGUGGUAA